AUGAGGACAUUGCUGCUCAUGGCCAUCCUGGUGGUUAGUGUUGGAAGGAGCUGCCACGCUGUCUGCGAGGAAUCAAAGGAACAAGGGGCAUUUGGUGGGGGCCACAGCAAGAAGGUCUUAGAUCUCUACCAGCUUCCCCCAUCCCUGCUCCGGAGGUUGUACAACAGCCGAUCACUCUCCCUGGAUGGAUUGCUGAGGUUGCUGAGCAAGACAAGUGUGGAUUCUAAGGAGUCCAUGGAUUACCAGAAACGUGACAUGCAUGAUUUCUUUGUGGGACUCAUGGGGAAAAGGAAUAUAAAGGCAGAACCACCAAUGGAGGUGAACCAAGGAAACUUCCCUGGUUUUGGGGACCCCAAGUAUUCCACCGCUUCAGAAUGA